AUGGCUGACACCAUGGUCUCAAUACGCAGCUCGGAGCUGGGUCCACUAGGCUGGGACGCUGUCACUAAACAUAAUCUCUUUCUACAGAAAGUCUCCUCAAAGCUGGGGCCCAAUUCCAGGCAUCAAGGGAAAGGUUCAAGAGUGGAUAAGGGGCCCUCGGGACCGGCUGCACCUCCAGGGUCAGGGACGGGACCUCCAGGACCGGGGAGCGCUGGGCCUCGGCAAACCCAGAGUAAUAGCUCCAAUAUGGGUGAGAGUGGACAGAGUGCUGGAGGCGGAUCUCAAACAAAGCAGAGCCAAAGUCAGUGCCAGGGUAUCCCAAAACCUCGCACCACUGCAGCUGUCCUGGGUCCUGCAACAUCCAACUCUAAACCAAUAGCCAAUCAGCAGGCACUGGGGCCGGUCAGACGACAUGCCGCAUCAAAACGUCCUGUGAAGGGAUUACCCACAAGCCUAACUUCCUCAUCACAGGGAAGCACCGAGAUCAGUGGAGCGACAAGCAAAGGUCUGAAGGCCCCAACAGUAAACAAUAACAACACAACAAAAACAGCAGCCGCCCAUUCAAUAGCCCCUGCUGCCAAUCAGGGCCUGACAAAGCAGGCAUCCCAGUGUCCCUUGCAAAGAAGCAGCUCAGCAAAACACGGUCAAAUAAACAGCACAGUGGACAAAAACAAGGCACCAGCAAGACCCACAAACUCCAACUGCAGCUCACUGGGAGCAGUACCCACAGGAGGAAACAACCAAAGAAAGCAGCAUCCUCCACCAGAUCUGGUUCCAGAUGUGGUGAAUGCUAAUGCACCAUUGACGGCAGUUUUCCAUGUGCCGGCCCUUGAUACCACUAACACUGGCUCAGGCACAAUUGGAACCUCUGGUCUUCGGUUCAAAGCAAAAACCGGUUCAAGAUCCAGCUUCAAAACAGCAUCUCGCCUACUUAAUGCUUCCAAGCAUGGUGCAGCUGGGACUGUUGUGGCGGACCGGAUGGUCACUGCCAAACAGAACCAGAGCAAAGAACUGGCAGAGAAGAAGAACCAGGCCAUCAACCAGCUUAGGAAGCUUCUCGUCCAGGGGAAUAAGAGAGUGGAGGCUCUGGCUAUAGUCAUCCAACAACUCUUCACUGAGAGUGAGGAAGCCCUAAAGCAGAAGAACGGGUUGUCGCUGGAACUGACAAACCUCCGAGACGAACUGGUUGCAUCGUCACAGUGCUGCGAGCGUCUCCAGAAGGGAAAGGAGGAGGUGCGCGUCAGCUUGGAGGAGGCCUUGAACAGGCUGCAGAAGCAGCACAAGGAGGAGCUUGUGCUGCUGGAGGACAGAUUGAGGAGUUUUUACCAAACAGAGUGGGACAAAGUCCACCAGACAUACCAGGAGGAGGCCGACAAAUGCCGCAUGUUGAUGGAACAGCAGGUGGAGGAGCUAAAGAGCCAACAGGAAGCAGAAAAGAAGAACCAGGAAGUGAGUCAGAGCAAGAGGAUGGAGUCUUUCAAACUGCAGCAUGAUACCUCCAUACAAGAGCUAAAGAGGAUCCAGCAGAUGGACCUGGAGAACCUGAACAAAACACUGAAGGAGACUGAAACAUCUCUUUCUGAGAAAAUAUGUGAGCUGUCAGCAGAGAAGGGGGCUCUGAAUGAAAAGCUGAAGGCAGAGGAGGAGAGAAGGAGGCAGAUACUUACUGACAAGAAUUUGAAGGACUCCCACACAGUGUACCUGGAGCAGGAGCUGGACAGUCUUAAGGUGGUGCUGGAGAUCAAGAACAACCAGCUGCACCAGAAGGAGAAGAAGGUCAUGGAGAUGACCAAACUGUUGGAAACUAAUGUGAAACUGGACGAGUGUCUGACCAAGGUCCAACAGGAAAACGAGGACUACAAGGCCAGGAUGGACAAACAUGCUGCUCUCUCCAAGCAGCUGUCCAGUGAACAAGCCAAACUCCAGCAGACACUGCAGAAAGAGUCGAAGGUAAACAAGCGUCUGUCCAUGGAGAACGAGGAGCUGCUGUGGAAGCUGCACAACGGUGACCUGCUGUCGAGUCCCCGCCGCCUCUCACCCACCUCGCCUUUUGGCUCACCGCGGAACUCUGCCUCCUUCCCCACAACAGCACCUCUAUCUCCCAGAUAAGCCAAAACCACAACCCCUUCCUCUCCUGAGACAUCCUGCUUGUACUCAUAACCUUUACAAGAGAAAUACUUCAGUCACAGCAGUAUUGCUGCAUAUUAAUGAUACACUUGUAUGGAGGACUCAAAAUGACUUAAGUAUAAAUAAAUAAAUGCAUGAAUAAAUAAAUAAAUGCUUAAAUAUAUGUAUAAAUGAAUAAAUGCUUAAAUAAAUGUAUAAAUAAAUAAAUGUAUAAAUAAAUAAAUAAAUGCUUAAAUAAAUGUAUAAAUAAAUAAAUACAGGAAUGAAUAAAUAUAAGUUAUAAAUCAACAGGACAUCAUUAAAUAAAUAUAUUUCUACAUUU